GUUUACUCGCCGGGCUUUGGGAGUUCCCCAGUCAGAUCGCGUGCGCCUCUCAGUCGAAUAGCAAACAGACUGAGACCUCCGAUGACGCAGUGGAUGAUGGUGUAAUCCUAGGCGUUUUAGUCGAUCGUAUCACCACCUCCCUUAACUUAUGCGUAGAAGAUAAAAUUCAGCUGAAACCAAAACUGAUUGGUGAGGUCAUCCACUUGUUCUCGCACAUUCGUAUGACAUAUGUUGUCCAUACCUUGUCGCUGCAUGCUUUGACGGAUCGAAGUCCACGCGUGGGUCGUUGGAUUGAAUUGUCCGACUUGCAGAAUGCUUCCAUCUCAACCGCUACUCGGAAGAUCUUAUCGCACUUUCAAGCUACCCUGCAUACCGAAUCACCACGAAAGUCGUCCGGGGAACCGAAUAGGAACAAACGCAAGUCAGCUAUCCCGCUGUGUGAUCGAAAGCAAAUGCGAUUGGACAAUUUCUUCAGAUAAUUCAGGUUUUUAUGCAGAUUUUGCCCCCUUAUUCCGGGAUAUAUACGAUAUAUCUUAAUAGAGAAAAAUGGAUUUC